GUUUAGGUUUGGACAAGCACCUGCCACCUGCUUUUAUCGAUAUCGACAUGAAUGGGAAUCGGAAUGGUUCAACAAACAGUUUAAGUGAACAAAAUUCCAGUACAGACUUGAAUAAAAAAGGACAGACAUCAGAUAUGACCGAUGAUAAAAUAGAUGCUAAUAAAACAGCUGAUAUAGAGGAACAGUUGGGCAAACUUCCAGAUUUUCUCUCUGAUGAUGAAAAGACAGAUACUAAACCAGUAAUUAAACAGGAACCAAUGGGUCCAGUUCUGUGUGCUGCUGAUUUUGAUAGAUUGAGAGAGGUAAUGAGACACGAUACCUAUACACACUGUGAUGUACACAAACUAGAACGGAUGGAAAGAAAUGUUGUGUGUAUCCAAUGCCAGCAGCUUAUUUGUGCUCUGUGUUUACUGAAUUCUCACCAGUCACAUGACAUACGCUCUGUCUCUUCAAUGAAUGAGUAUUUUAAUGUGAAGGGUACAAUAGAAGAUGACGUUUCAGUACUACAACAGGAACAAAACAAUUUAACUGUUAUGUUUGCUCAAAGGAAAGAACUAAAGAAAAAGAUUGAAGAAUCAUCACAGAACUUGGUAAAAGAUAUUGGGAAACGAUUUGAUGCUAUUCAAAAUAUCUUACAUGCUAAACAAGAACAAUUGACUGCAUAUGUGAAACAGUUUGAAAGUCAGAACAUUACAGAGUUGACAAGAGAACUUGACAAGAUUAGAGACUUAGAAAAUGCAGCAUCAAGAAUGAUCACCAGGGCAAUUACAUUUUUCUCAAAAAUUGACUUGACAUUAGCUACAGUACUUCCAAAAGAGGUACAUGAUGUAAUUGAUAAGUGUAAAUGUGCCAGCAUUGAAAGUUUACAGAACAAAGAGAAAUACCUGCCCGAGAGGAAAUUUUCUAAGCUUUUACCAUCACUUGAUGCUGUAGCAAGCAUCUGUGACACAAUUCAUGCAGAAGCUACAAAGGUUGUAUGGUCCAAAACAACAAAAAACAGUGAAUCUGAUGAAAAGAAAGCAGUCAAAGUAAAGACAGAGAAAAGAAAACAUCACAGUCAUUCAGAUCAUUCAUCAGAUACUUCUAAGACGUUUAAGAAACCUAAGACAGCUACACUAACAACAGUAUCAUCUCAGUCAUCAGCGCCCCUCUCCAUACCUUCUCAUAGAUCAUCAACAGAAAAAUCUGAUAGUCUGGAAAUGGACAAAAACAAAAGGAACACUGAGAAAUCAUUGUUUGAAUCAAUAACCGAAAAUGUAAAUGUAAAAGACACUGUACAAGGAAGUAAGGUAUCACACCACAGGAAGUCUGUUGAUUCUGCUACGAUACAGUCACCACGUCAUAGUACUGACAUCGACGACAGCGAAUCAGAUAAAUCUGAUGCUUCAAUUAUUACACCGCCCAAGUUGAGACUAGUAGAUAUGAAAACAACCAAUGUUGAAAUAGGGAAAUGUCUUUUGGCUAAAGUGAGUGAAGAAGAUGGCCAAGGAGAAAAACUUUUGCUUGGAAAAAUCUGUGGUAGUUCUAAGAUGAAAGAGACUACACAAUAUACAGUAAACUGGUUAAAAGGUGAAGCUGGAAGGGACACUACAUUUGAAAUUAGAAAGAAGCAUAGUCCUUUGCAUUCAAGUUGUGUUCUCUGUAACUUUGACUUUGAUCAUGCAAAACCUAUGUCUCAAGAACUGAAAAGUGAACUUGUACUGGCAAAGGAGUAUCAUAACAAAAAGAAAACAAGGAAAAGGAAACCAAAAGAAAGGAAUGUGUCUCCAAAGAAGGAUAAAGAUUCAUCUAAGACACAAACAGUUGUGAAGAAGUGAUUACUUCAAUUUUUAAUUUAUAUCUGUUUUAACCAAAGUCAGUGUCAGAGAUGUUUAAGAUACAUAUAAAUACCAGAUAUGAAGGCCAUCUGGUUACAUUUUUCGAGGAGAAUAUCUGUUGUGAUAUCAUUAUUAGCUCAUCAGGCCAGAGGUUUCACUUGAGAAGAAGCCAUCAUUUGUUAUCCAUUAUCAAUCAUAUGUACAUCAAUAUUUCAUAUUUUAUCCCACUAUAUAGCCCUCUGAAUAGAUUGCACUGGAAAUUGUUAUGUACUCUCACCAUGACCAAGUAAUGCUACUUGAUAUCACACUGCAGUCAAACACAGCUAAAUGAGAUUUGAUUGGUCAAAAUCUGCUAUGAACUUAUGCAUAUGGUGCUGAAUCAUUUUCAGUUUUUAUCAUACUGCCAGUCAGUAAACUCAAAUUGCUGGUAGAUAUAUUUUGUCAUUUUGUCAUUUUUCAUGACAACUGAUCCCAUUAAAAGUGAUUGAUUUUGUCCAAGUUUACAGAGAUUGUAAAAUAAAUUGGAAUGAUUUGUAUGGGGAUUUAUUGUGGUUUUUAUAAAAAAGAAGCAAUUAAGGAUGUUUGCUACUCUAGUUUUAUACUUUUUAUUCAGAUAUUAGGAAUCCUCUAGUUUUAUCCAAUGUAGAGUACCAAUAAAAAUUUAGCCCGCUAACCCUCAUUUUUCUUUGCAUAAUUUUAUUACAUAUAAUUUGUAAAGCAGUUUUUGAAAAUCUUAUAAAAUCCUUGUUAUUUUUUCAUAGUUUUAGAAAGUAAAAAGGUGCUAAUAUUAAAUGUAUGAAAAAUCUAGAGAGAAUCAUUUCCCGAUAAAUUUUCAAUUGAUUAUAUCUCAUAAACAAGGACAAGGACCUGUAAUUUUUUUUCUGCUUUUUAAAUUCUGUUAUUUAUAAACUAUCAAUUUGUAAUAGUCUUUUAAAAAGCAUGUUAUUUUGAAACAGAGGAACAAACAUCCUUAAAUAAGAAGUGGUUAGUUUUUUUGUGUGGAUUCAUCUAAUGUCUGCAGCUUGACAGUGAUGACUGUGAAGGUGUAAAUGCUUUUCAGAUCUGUCAGACACCUACUUCCUUAUUCUGAUACUUUGAAUUUCCAGUUGGGGUAUGCUUAGCACAACAAUGCAUGCAACUUCUUUUUACAGUGACAAAAAUAUGUUGGACAUUAUACUAUUUAUACAAAUAGAAGUUAUAUACAUUUAUUUCAUAUAUAUAAGGUAUUUUUAAAUAUACUUAUUAUAUGCUGUUCUUUUUUGAAAGCAAUGUAAACUUAAUAAGUUUAUUUUCAUAAACUUAGACAAAUAAAUUAGAGGCUCAUAAACUUAGACAAAUGAAUUAUGAGGUAGGAGAAGAUAUUAUUUUUUCAUUUAUUACAUUUUUUCAUUUUGGGUUAUUGUUGAUAAAACCAAUAUGUGGUGUUUCUUGUCUCCAUGUUGUCAGUGGUUCUUGGUAUCUGCAUUUUAGUGUUAAAUUGUUUUAUAUUAUUAAUCAUUGUAUGGGUCAAAUUGUUUAUUAUUACCGUAAUCAUUGUUUGGGUCAAAUUAUUUAUUAUCAAUCAUUGUAUAGGUCAAAUGUAUUUUAUUUACUAAAAUUGGUUUCUGAUCAACAGUAUUGUUGACAGAUAGACAACUCUAAGAUGUAAUCCAUUGUGUUUUAUUUUAUAAAUGAUACUUCCAUCAAUAGAUUCUGUAACAAGACACUGAUAUGUAUGCCCAUUCUACUAAGUGGCCUAGGCAUGUUAUGUAAGAAAUG